AUGCCUCCCAAGAAGACCACCACUGCCGCCAAGGAGAACGUCUCUCUCGGUCCUCUGGCCGGAGAUGGCAAGCUCGUUUUCGGCGUUGCCCGUAUCUUCGCCUCUUUCAACGAUACCUUCGUCCACGUUACCGAUCUGAGUGGUCGCGAAACCAUCUGCCGUGUCACCGGUGGUAUGAAGGUCAAGGCUGACCGUGACGAGUCUUCUCCCUACGCUGCCAUGUUGGCUGCUCAGGACGUUGCUGCCCGCUGCAAGGAGCUCGGCAUCAACGCUCUCCACAUCAAGAUCCGUGCCACUGGUGGUAACGGUACCAAGACCCCCGGUCCCGGUGCUCAGUCCGCUCUCCGUGCCCUUGCUCGUUCCGGCAUGAGAAUUGGCAGAAUCGAGGACGUGACCCCCACUCCUUCCGACUCUACUCGUCGCAAGGGUGGUCGCCGUGGUCGUCGUCUGUAG